AUGGAGAUUGCGGACUUGCCAUAUGAAAGCGAUAUAAUGCAGAUGGACGUCAAUGACGAUGGCAGCAUCACAUCCCAUGGAAGAAAUGGUUCACCCUCUAGCCCGCACCCAAAAAGAUUUCCCAAAUCCUCAUCCCGCCCGCCCAAGCCUAAGAACGUAUCCCACCCUUUACAGACAGGAAUACGUAAUUAUCUCAACAACCACUAUCGUAACCAUAGUCACACACAACAAAGCUUCCUCUCAUCGCAGCCGUUAUCAUCACUUCCCCUCCCCAAAAGAUUCACAGUCUACCCCCCUCUUCUCCUACUCCCCUCAAACGCUUUCUCCACGCCAGCCGAAUGGGCCGCGCUCUACAAUUCCCUCUCCAGCGACCAGCGCCAGGAGUUAUAUGCAUGUAUAGCUGCAUCAUUUGCAUCUAUGGGCGUCACGCACGUCGCCAUGAAUGCACCAAUAGCGCCCACGAUGACGAAGGUGGCUGGGGUUAUGAGAAGCGAAACUCAAAUGGAGAAUCGAAUUCGGAGCCCAACGGGGUUGGUGCCGUUGUAUGGGGAUUUUGGAGACGGGGAAGAUGUUGCAACCAGGGAGGUGAAUGAAGAAGAAAAGGAAGCCAAUCCUACAGAAGAAGCUCUCCGCUCUGCAUUGUGGGUUCAUUCGGUGCAGAACAGGGGCAUCGUGCAGAUCUGGGCGCCGCUGCAUUCUAUGUUUAGUCGUGGGAAUGUUGUGGAGAAGGCGAGAAUUCUGGGGAUUGAGUCGAGGUUUGAGGGCCUAGAUGACGGUGAUGUUGGGGAUGAGCUAGAGGGAGGGAAUGGGAGAAGGAGGUUACUGGGUCAGAAAAUCGAGGAUGUUGCGGUUGUUGAUAUGUAUGCUGGCAUCGGCUAUUUUGUGUUUUCGUACCUGAAGAGAGGAGUUGGGAGGGUGUGGGGAUGGGAGAUUAAUGGAUGGUCUAUUGAAGGGCUGUGUAGGGCUUGUCGGGAGAAUGGAUGGGGGGUUAAAGUGGUGAAGAUUGAUAAGGAGACAGGGGAGGUGGAGGGAGGAAUUGAUGUGUUGGUUGAGGGAUUGAGAAAAGAAAAUCGUGUAGUGGUUUUCCAUGGCGACAAUCAGUCUGCGGGCAAGGUGAUGUGGGAUUUGAAGGAGGCACUGCAGCGGAAGGGAAGGUGGAAACGCAUUCGACAUGUUAGCCUCGGAUUGUUGCCGAGUUCGAAGCGGGCUUGGGAGGGGGCUGCGAGAGUCCUUGAUACGGAGGCGGGAGGUUGGAUUCAUGUCCAUGAAAAUGUGAACGUGAAUGAUAUUGAAAUGAUGGAAGCGCAGAUUGUUGAAGGGUUCAAUUCUCUGCUCAUAUCAACUAGAGGAGAUGGAAAGCUUCUAUCAUCGUCGGCAUAUUCUGGUAUCUCUACAGCGGAGUGUAUUCAUGUGGAAAGAGUUAAAACGUACGCACCAGGGGUGAUGCAUUGUGUUUUUGACAUUUAUAUACCACCCUCAGCUGGUUGGUUGGAUAAAGACAAAAUUUAA